UUGCUCGUAUAGGAUAAUUUAAGAUACCGCUACGACGAUUUAUUAUUUCCCAUCUGGCAACACUGGUUUGUAUCAUUCCGUGGAAACGAAUGCUCAAACAAAGCAUUCCAGGCGUUUGUGACCUAGUCUUCGUGUAUUUGUUAUUGCGUAUUACUGCUAAAUAAGCCACCAUGGGACCAAAGAAAGUUGCGAGUGACCGCAUUUUGUCAAAAAGGGUGAGAAACACAAUUGAAUUCAAGAAAGAACUCGUAGCAAAGUACGAAGAUGGCGUCCGCGUGGCCGAUCUCGCCAGGAUGUAUGGGAAGUCUGCAUCAACAAUAAGUUCUAUUCUGAACAGGAAAGACGAAAUCAAGGAGGCUAAUGUUGCGAAAGGAGUGACGGUGUUGACAAAGCAGAGAUCACAAACGAUCGAAGAUGUUGAGAAGUUGUUGUGGGUGUGGAUCACCGAGAGGAGGCUGGCGGGAGAUCGUGUUUCGGAGCCCGUCAUUUGCGAAAAGGCAAGACUGUUGCAUGCGGAUCUUUCUAAGAACGUCCCUGCGACGAGUGAUGCUGUUAGUGAAUUUAAGGCCAGCAGAGGCUGGUACGAAAAUUUUAAGAAAAGAACAGGCAUGAACACUGUCGUAAAGCAAGGCGAGAGUGCAAAUUCUGACCAAAGUGCCGCUAAAGACUUCGUUAAGGAAUUCAAGGACUAUGUCGAGGCUGAACGGUUCUUCCCCCAACAAGUCUUUAAUUGUGACGAAACGGGUUUAUUUUGGAAGAAAAUGCCAAAGAGGACCUUCAUCGCUCAGGAGGAAAAGGAACUGCCAGGACAUAAACCCAUGCAAGACAGGCUAACUCUGUUGUUUUGUGCUAAUGCUAGUGGAGAUUUCAAAGUGAAGCCUUUACUCGUGUAUCACUCCGAAAAUCCCAGAGUUUUUAAGAAAAAUAAUGUUAUAAAGAGUACAUUGUGUGUGACGUGGAAAUCUAACGGCAAGGCAUGGGUCACAAGUCACAUUUUCAUUGAGUGGGUCAAUGAAGAGUUUGGCCCCAGUGUUAAGAAAUACCUCCUGGAAAAUAAUUUGCCCCUGAAGUGCCUCCUGGUGAUGGAUGAUGCUCCUGCCCAUCCUCCAGGCUUGGAAGACCAAUUGUUGGAAGAGUUUAACUUCAUCACAGUGAUGUUCUUGCCCCCUAAUACCGCUCCCCUCAUCCAACCCAUGGACCAGCAGGUCAUUUCAAAUUUCAAAAAACUCUACUCCAAAGCACUGUUUCAAAGGUGCUUUGAAGUGACAUCAGACACUGAUUUGACCCUAAGAGAGUUCUGGAGUAAUCACUUUAAUAUCCUCAACUGCAUAAGCCUCAUAGAUAAGGCUUGGCAGGGAGUGACUUCCAGGAGCAUGAACUCUGCUUGGAGAAAAUUGUGGCCAGAAUGCGUCAGGAAGGAAUUUGAAACCUUCGAGGCUGACCCCGAUAACCGUACGCCAAUUGUGGAGUGUAUCGUGUCCUUGGGGAAGUCCUUGGGGUUGGAUGUGAGUGGCCAGGACGUGGAAGAGUUGGUGAAUGAUCACAGCGAAGAGCUAACCACUGAAGAGCUGCAAGAACUUCAAGUGGAACAGCAACAGACGGCGGCUCAGGACAUUGCUUCAGAUGAGGAUGAGGAGAGAGAGGAGAAUGUGCCUUCCUCACUCAUUAAGGACAUGUUUGCCAAGUGGAGUGACGUGCAAAGCUUUGUGGAGAAACACCACCCCAACAAAGCUGUUGCAAGCCGUCUUUGCAACAUGUUCAAUGACAGUGCCUUGUCCCAUUUUAGGCAAAUUUUAAAGAGACGCUACAAACACAACUAUUACGAUAGUUCUAUGCUACAGGGGUCCAGUAACAGUAAAAGACAAAAGAUGGAAGUCACCCCAAAUAUGGCUUUAAAAUCUGAAGCCCUUAUGGAGGGGGAGUUCCCCUCCAUAUAAUAACCUCCACUCCUCUCUCCGUCUCCUCCCUUCCCAUCCACUCCCUCCCUCCCUUACCGCUCUUUGCCAUAUUCGCCAACAAGAGUCUUCAAUAUAGGUAAAAGCUGCUCCAUGCUGAUGUUGUUUCCACCACACACUACAAUGACCACGGGACCCAACGGCUGCUCCAGCUUGCCCUCCUUCUGCAGCCUUUUGAUGACAUCGCUGUACACAGCAGCCAGUGCAGCACCGCAGGCGGGCUCCACCAGAACCUUCUCAUCAUCUGCGCAUGGAUGGCACACCCAGAUGAGGCAGUUGUACCAAAGCACAUCAUAUAUACAGCCUGUGCUGUGGGCUCGGCAAAGGAGGACACUUGUGGACCAAUCAGAAUUUGGCAUUAUGCUGUCAGGCCAUGCCCCCAGGGGCCUCCAUGACAAGGCCAACUGUGAAUGAAUGAACAUACUCUGAAGUAGUUUCUUCUCCAAAACAAUUCAAUGAUGGGUUGAGUCACUAUGGGUUCAAAGGAACAGCCCACCCAGCCAGAUUCAUAACAGCGCCCCCCAGUCUGCAACUUCAUAGAACCAGGAAGUAGCCUGCAACUUAAAUGAUGGACAAACACAUGUACACUACAUUGAAAAAUGUAUAUGAAUACAUAACAACGUUAUAUCAAUACUGGAAGUGUCAUUGAAAACUAAGGACUCCAAUGGUAAGAAGAGUGUUUUGAAAAUUUAACAUUUGACAAUGUUAAAAAAAUGCUGCAGAUUUGGUGUGAAGUUCAAAAUCUAAUCAGAUUUAUUUUAAAAUCUGAAAAAAAUAUUUUUUUGAUUUAACAUAAUUUAUCAUUUGUAAAAAUGUGGCUCAAAUUAAUUCAUGAUUUGUGAAAAACUGCUAUAGACUAGUGAAAAUAGGACAGUGAUUUCCUCUAACUGUUGUAGAAGUGAUCAUUUGAAAAACACCAGCACUUGGAGAAAAUAUAGAAAUAAAGUGUUGCAUGUUGACAUUUUAUAUUAUGAGAAAUCAUUAAUUUAAGUGUAUUCACAUUGAUAUCAUGACUAUCAAACUGAUAUGCAUUCGCAUUUAUCAUUACACAACAAGUGGCUCUCAGUUCAAGAAGUUUGUUGACCCCUGCACCAGUCACAACAACUGAGGCAGCCAUGUGAAAAGCAAAGCACGUGAUUUGUCCAGGCUUUUCCUGCAAUGGUUAAUCCCGCAGUGCCCCCAUGUGGUACAUGUGCCAACAUGCAGGAGAAAUUUGUUAAUACUUAAGGAAUGUUUGUGAUCCAGCUUUGCAAGCACAUCUUUCAGUGAUAUGUUGAUAGUUCGGGUUCAGUCGGUUUUGUCAAAAAUAAUACAGUAGCACAAAACACAAUUUUGUCUUUGUACCUCCUGUCUUGUUGUAUUACCAUCAUUUCAAUGCACCGACAUUUUUUUAAUCAUUGUUUUGAAGCUUGAUUUUACUUGGCAAGUAUAUUUUAUGACAUUGUCACACAAAGCACUGUCACACACUAUUGUGACAUAUGUAAAAAAUAUUAUUUUCCUAACCAAAUUCAGAGGCUGCAUCCUUCAGGGCUUGUCUUAUUUGGUGAUGUCACUGAUUAAAGACUCGCUCACAUGCAACCAAUGUAAUCUAAAAUAAAAGUAUUUAAAGCUUUUAUAUUUUGGAUAGCUGAUGUAUGUCUAAUGCUCCACGACUACUGUGAGGCCGAGUGGCAUAGAAAACAGAGGGAUGGAUAUUUCUAUUCUAAAUGUGCAUGGUACUUGUGUUGGGUGCAGCCCCUGAACUACAACACAGCAACUGCUCAAAUUGUAUAUCAGAUGAGCCUACAAGGACAACCAAGCAGCAUUACCGACACUUCCUUCCUGGGCACAUUUAUUUCACAUAGCAACAUAGAAACAAACACCUGAACAAAGCAUGAACUUUUCUAAACUCAAAACAAUAGCAGCAGUAGUUUCAGCUCCAGUAUGUCACGUUACCUUUUGGCGUAACAGUGUUAUAACAGUGUUGCUGUAGCUUGGUUAAUGUGCAUGUUACAUUAAUUGAAUAUCAAAUUAAUAGAAUCAGCAAAAGAAACCAUUUAAAAAAAAUUAAUUCUUUAAAUCAAUUAACACAAUAAUCCAAUUUAUUGAGCUGCAUCUGUAUAUAUUGAUGAAUAAAUUAAUUGAUAAUAUAAUUACAAUCAACAAAUUAAAGGCAAAUUAUGUGUAAUGAUUUUUGGGGAAAAAAUCAAGUGAAAGGUAUCGGUAUCAGAGAGCGAUACGGGGCCUGUAUGUACCUGGUAUCGGAUCAAUACCCAAAUUGGCAGUAUCGCCCGGACCAAAUGAAGGUAUCCCUCAUUCUGACCCCUCACGCUAGAGGAUUCCCAUGGCGCCUUUGUUUGAAAUUGAAAACAGCUUUUUUGGUGCAAAAGAAGUUAGUAAAAACAUGAAUUAAAAGCAGUGGAAGAAAGAUUAAUUAAUUGAAGUGUGUGUUUAUGUCUUGACUGAGGCUGCCACCUCACAGCGUUCAGAAGUCGUCCUCUAUGGCAACAGCAGGAAAAGAAAAAAAGGAAAAGAUUUGACAACAUGGCGCACUUUGCUUGAGAGAACUUUCUACCGAGAACUCACUCUUCUCUUUUUGUGGACUUUCUAUUGACUUUGUGGACUUUCCACUGCUACGUGGACAUCAUCGGGCUUUCCCUCCCCCGAACUCUUCCGCUUACACGAAAUGCUGUGUUGAAAUAAAAGACGAGUUGGAGUGUGAUGGGAUGAGAAGAACGAAGAACCCAAGCCAGGAUGGAGAAACAAGCUACUCUGAAAGAAAAGGCUUCAACCUCCAACUCUCGGGCUGCAGGUCGACCUGUGCGCUGUGUUUCAAGAGACAAUGGGACCAAGUGUAGUUUCAGCAAAGCCGACUUCAUGGAGAAAGUAAAGCGCAGCAAUGAGGCGUGUCAGCGGGGGGACUUUAAGACAGCUGUUGAGUUAUACAGCGAUGCUUUAAAAGCGGACCCACAGAACUGUAUUCUGUACAGUAACCGGUCUGCUGCGCACCUCAAGCUGGGCCAACACCAGGCUGCACUGGACGAUGCUGAAAAAGCUUGUGACCUGAAUCCUAAAUGGCCUAAGGCAUACUUUCGACAGGGUGUUGCCCUACAGUACCUUGGUCGCCAUGCCGAUGCACUGGCUGCCUUUGCUUCCGGGCUGGCCCAAGACCCCAAGAGCCUCCAGCUACUGGUGGGCAUGAUAGAAGCUGCCAUGAAAUCUCCUCUACGGGAGUCACUAGAACCCACCUAUCAACAGCUGCAAAAGAUGAAGCUGGACAAGAGUCCUUUUGUGGUGGUGUCUGUGAUCGGCCAGGAGCUGCUGACAGCUGGCCACCACACAGCUUCUGUUGUGGUUCUGGAAGCUGCUUUGAAGAUCGGCACGUGCAGCCUCAAACUACGUGGCUCCGUCUUCUCGGCUCUCAGCAGUGCCCACUGGUCCCUGGGCAACACCGAGAAGAGCACUGGCUACAUGCAGCAAGACUUGGAGGUGGCCAAAACCUUAGGUGACCAAACAGGGGAAUGCCGUGCUCAUGGGAAUUUAGGCUCUGCAUUUUUCUCCAAGGGAAACUAUCGUGAAGCUUUGACCAACCAUCGCAACCAGCUUGUUCUCGCCAUGAAGCUGAAGGACAGAGAGGCUGCUUCGAUGGCCCUGAGCAGUUUGGGCCAUGUAUAUACAGCCAUUGGAGAUUACCCGAAUGCACUAGCCAGCCACAAACAAUGUGUUCUGCUGGCGAAACAGUCAAAGGAUCAGCUCUCUGAGGCUCGAGAGCUGGGAAACAUGGGUGCUGUCUAUAUCGCCAUGGGAGAUUUUGACAACGCCGUCCAAUGCCACGAGCAGCAUCUGGGCAUCGCCAAGGCCCUUGAAAAUAAACGUGAGGAAGCUCGAGCCUACAGUAACCUGGGUAGUGCCUACCACUAUCACCGAAACUUUGACAAGGCUAUGUCCUACCACACACACGUGCUGGAGCUUGCCCAGGAGCUGGAGGAGAAGUCCAUUGAGAUGCGAGCUUAUGCCGGCCUAGGCCACGCUGCCCGCUGCAUGCAGGACCUGGAGAGGGCGAAGCAGUAUCACGAACAGCAGCUGUCCAUCGCUGAGGGUUUGAAAGACAGAGCCGCAGAGGGAAGGGCCUCCUCCAAUUUGGGCAUCAUUCACCAGAUGAAGGGAGACUAUGAGACAGCACUUAAACUCCACAAAACACACCUCGCCAUUGCACAGGAGCUCAGUGACUAUGCCGCACAGGGCCGGGCCUAUGGCAACAUGGGCAAUGCCUACAACGCCCUUGGAGCUUUUGACCAGGCUGUUCGCUACCACCGCCAGGAGUUGCAAAUCUCCAUGGAGGUCAACGACCGGGCCUCGCAGGCAUCCACUCAUGGUAAUUUGGCUGUGGCUUACCAAGCCCUGGGAGCCCAUGAUCGGGCUUUGCAGCAUUACCAGAACCAUCUCAACAUUGCUCGCGAGCUCAGAGAUGUGCAGAGUGAAGCGCGGGCCCUUGGAAAUCUUGGCAACUUUCACUGCUCACGUGGAGAAUUCCCUCAGGCUGUGCCCUAUUAUGAGCAGUACCUCCGUUUGUCUCCCGACCUCCAAGACAUGGAAAGUGAAGGAAAAGUUUGUCACAAUUUAGGCUAUGCCCACUACUGCUUGGGCAACUACCAGGAUGCUGUCAAAUACUACGAGCAGGACCUCGCUCUGGCCAAGGAUCUUCAUGACAAACUGAGUCAAGCCAAAGCAUACUGUAAUCUGGGUUUGGCCUUCAAGGCCCUGGGAGACUUUUCCAAGGCAGAGGAGUGUCAGAAAUAUCUGUUAUCACUUGCUCAAUCUCUAAACAAUUCACAGGCUCGCUUCAGAGCUCUGGGGAAUCUAGGGGACAUAUUUGUCUGCAAAAAGGAUGUGUCUGGAGCCAUUCAGUUUUACGAGCAGCAAUUGGCCUUAGCUCAUCAGGUGAAGGAGCGUAGAAUGGAGGCCUGUGCCUACGCCGCCCUUGGGGCCACUUACAGACUUGUGCAUAAAUAUGACAAAGCUCUUGGCUACCACACUCAAGAACUGGAGGUCUACCAAGAACUCGGAGAUGUGUCUGGAGAGUGCAAAGCUCACGGUCACUUGGCGGCCGUCUACAUGGCCUUGGGCAAGUAUGCCAUGGCCUUUAAGAGCUAUGAAGAGCAGCUGGAACUCGGACAGAGGUUGAAGGAUCCUGUUGUGGAAGCACAGGUGUAUGGAAAUAUGGGCAUAACAAAAAUGAAUGUAGGAGUGAUGGAGGAAGCUAUUGGGUACCUGGAGCAACAGCUUGCUACUCUGCAGCAACUGAGUGGUAACGAGGCAGUAAUGGACAGGGGCAGGGCCUACGGAAACCUAGGAGACUGUUAUGAGGCGCUUGGAGACUUUGAGGAAGCCAUCAAAUACUACGAACAGUACCUGUCGGUAGCUCAGAGUCUCAGCCGUAUGCAGGAUCAGGAGAAGGCAUACAGAGGCUUGGGAAAUGGACACAGGGCGAUGGGAAACCUCCAACAGUCGCUUGUGUGCUUUGAGAAGCGGCUGGUUGUAGCUCAUGAGCUGGGAGAGUGUGGAGGCAAGGCUCAGGCCUACGGCGAACUUGGUGCACUCCACAGUCAGUUGGGCAAUUAUGAGCAGGCCAUCUCAUGUCUGGAGCGUCAACUGGCCAUCGCCCGCGACACCCAAGAUCGACUACUAGAGGGCGAUGCCAGCUGCGGUUUAGGGGCUGUGUACCAAGCGAUGGGGGAGUAUGAGACAGCGCUGAGAUGCCACCAGAGUGACCUGGAGAUCGCAGAGGAAGCUGGAAGCCCCACGCGGCAAGCCCGUGCCUAUGGGAACUUGGGUCUUACUUAUGAAUCACUGGGAAACUACGAGCGGGCAGUUGUCUUCCAAGAGCAGCACCUUAGCGUGGCAGCUCAGACUAAUGACUUGGCUGCCAAAACACUAGCUUAUGGCAGCCUGGGGAGAACACACCACGCACUGCAGAACUAUUCACAAGCUGUCAUGUACCUGCAGGAAGGCCUGCGGCUUGCAGAGCAGUUGGCUCGGCGUGAGGAGGAGGCUAAGAUCCGCCAUCGUCUGGGGCUGUCUCUUUGGGCCAGUGGGAAUCUGGAGGAGGCCCAACAUCAGCUCUAUCGGGCAUCUGCACUGUUUGAGACCAUCAGACAUGAAGCUCAGCACAGCACAGACUACAAACUUUCCCUGUUUGACCUGCAAACAUCCUGCUACCAGGCUCUCCAGAGGGUCCUUGUGAGCUUAGGCCAUCAUGAUGAGGCUCUGGCGGUGGCAGAGCGAGGACGGACACGAGCUUUCGCCGACCUCUUGGUUGAGAGGCAGACGGGCCAACAGGAGUCAGACCCCUACACCCCAGUAACUGUAGAGCACAUUCUAGACACCGUCAGCAGCCAAAGAGCCUUGGUUCUUUAUUUUUCCAUGGCUGCUGGUUAUCUGUACAGCUGGCUUCUAGCCCCAGGAGCAGGCAUCCUGAAGUUCCAUGAGGUGUAUUUGGGUGAGGGCAUAUCAGAAGUAGGAUCAGACUUCCAGGAAGGGGGUAGCAGCAGUGGCGGAGGGUUGGUAAGCGGCUCCUCGCUGGAGCAGCACAUAGCCAGUGCCCGCGAGGCCCUGGGAGUUGAGUCCUAUUAUAGCAGAGGGUGUUCAAGCAGUGAGACGGAAAGUGAGGCGGGAGAUUUGUUGGACCAACAAUUUGAGGAGUUAAACAACAAGCUUAACUCGGUCACUGAUCCCACGGGCUUCUUGCGCAUGGUGUCCAGAAACAAUCUUUUCAACAGGAGUUGCCAGAGCAUGACCAGCCUGUUCAGUAACACCAUGUCUCCUGCCAAAGAUGGUUGUUCCUCCCUGCCUCGUCGCUCCAGCAACCUCGGGAAGCCUCCUCUCAGAGCACUUUAUGAUUUGCUUAUUGCACCUAUGGAGGGGGGUUUGAUGCACUCCAGUGGGCCUGUGGGUAGACACAGACAACUAGUCAUGGUGCUGGAGGGAGAACUUUACCUCAUCCCCUUCGCUCUUCUCAAAGGAAGCUCAUCCAAUGAGUACUUAUAUGAGCGUUUUAGCCUCAUUGCUGUUCCCUCAAUCCAGGGCCUUGGAUCCUGUACAAAGGUUCACUCUCGGCGCCCUGGUCCAGCUGCAUGCGGUGGUGUGUCAAUGGCAGCAGUGGUGGGGAACCCGAGGCUGCCCUCACCUGUGAUGGACCGCUGGCUGUGGGGGCCAAUGCCCUCUGCCGAAGAGGAAGCUCUCAUGGUAGCUGAGCUGCUUGGAUGCCAACCUCUGUCUGGCACGGCAGCCACUAAAGAAAGGGUUAUGAGUGCCCUUACACAAGCGGAGUGUGCCCACUUUGCAACUCACAUUUCAUGGAAAUUAGCAGCACUGGUGCUAACCCCAAACCCAGAGAGUGUGCCUGGUGCAGCAAGUGCAAACGUGGGCGGUGGAACCAUCGGCAGAGGUGCCAGGGGAAGGAGAGGAAGUAGUGGACGAGGCAGGAAAGGAUCUAUUGGAAGCAGUUACACCAAUACAGAGUCUCUCCACCUGCAGGAUGAUAGCAGUGACGUGGAGAGUAUGUGUGACAGUCCACCCUUACAGGAGUUUCUGCUGACAGCUGCUGAUAUAUUGGACCUCAGGUUACCUGUCAAGUUGGUUGUGCUUGGCUCCUACCUGGAGUCCAGCAGCAAGGUGACGGCAGAUGGUGUCGUGGGCUUGACCCGCUCCUUCCUAGCUGCAGGAGCUCAGUGUGUUCUUGUAUCCUUGUGGCCUGUCCCUGUAGCAGCCUCCAAGGUUUUUGUUCACGCAUUCUACACUGCCCUUCUGAAUGGGACCAAGGCAAGUGCUGCCCUGGCAGAUGCCAUGAAAACUGUACAGAGCAGCAAGCAGUACUCACACCCCUCCAACUGGGCAGGAUACAUGCUGAUUGGCAGUGAUGUGAAAUUGAACAGUCCCUCCUCUCUGAUUGGGCAAGCUUUAGCAGAGAUCCUACAGUAUCCAGAUCGUGCACGUGAUGCUUUGAGAGUUUUACUCCACCUGGUGGAGAAGUCUCUUCAGAGGAUCCAGAAUGGUCAACGUAACUCCAUGUACACAUCACAGCAAAGUGUGGAAAAUAAAGUUGGCGGAGUCCCGGGUUGGCAGGCCCUGUUGACCGCCGUGGGCUUUCGCCUUGAUUCUGCAGGCACUGGAAUCCCAGCAGCAGUUUUCUUUCCAACUGCUGACCCAGGAGACAGGCUCCAACAGUGCAGUACCACUUUACAAUCACUUCUGGGUCUGCCACCUCAAGCCCUCCAGGCUUUGUGUAAACUCAUCACAGCUUCAGAGGCAGGGGAGCAGCUCAUCAAUCGGGCUGUUAAAAAUAUGGUGGCAAUGCUCCACCAGGUGCUAGUGCAGCUCCAGACUGGUGAGAAGGAACAAGACUUUUCUCUGUUGCCCAUUCAGGUGUCUAUUAGUGUGCAACUUUGGAGGUUGCCAGGAUGCCAUGAAUUUUUAGCUGCACUUGGUUUUGACUUGUGUGAGGUAGGCCAAGAAGAAGUGGUGCUGAAAACAGGCAAGCUAGCCAACCGCCGCACAUUGCACUUUGCUCUACAGUCUCUGCUGGCGCUUUUUGAUUCCACAGAACUGCCCAAGCGUCUGAGCCUAGACAGCUCAUCUUCCCUUGAGUCUUUGGCCUCAGCACAGUCUGUUUCCAACCCCCUGCCAAUGGGAUACUCAAGCCUUCCCUUCUCUCCUCAUUGCCUGGAUAAUCAGGCGUCAGAUGCCAUCUCUGUCUAUAGCCUCAGCUCUGUGGCCUCCUCUAUGAGCUUUGCUUCAAAGUCCGAUAGCGACUUCCUUAGCCAUCGGCACCGCAGUGGGGCUGCAGCAUACUACGCAGCUCACAAGCACCCUCAUGUUCCCCGUAGCCGCUCCUCUCCUCAUGGAGCAGCGGCUGCUAUUUCAGGAGUCCGAGGGGACGAGGAGGAAUAUGAGGGCUUCUCUAUUAUCAGUAGUGAACCACUCGGGAGCCACUGUGACUCUUUACCCUUGCCACCAGGCCACAGCCAGCGACACCACCGAGGCGGCAGAGGCUUUGUUGCUGGUUCCAGCACUGGUGCUGGAAGAGGCUACUCUGUAUCAAUUUCAUCAAGAGGUAGUGUCAGCACCCCAACAUCCCCAGUCAAAACAUGCCUCAUUCCCAGUCCAAACUCACCGUUUCAAAAGGUGGGUAAGGUGAGCAGCUCUGAUACAGGUGAAUCUGACCAGUCCAGUACUGAGACCGAUAGUACUGUUAAGUCUCAAGAGGAAAAAAGUGCUCCUCUUGAUCCUCAGGAGUUGGCCCAGAAGAUUCUAGAGGAGACCCACAGCCAUCUACGUGCUGUAGGUAGUCUACAACGAGCCAGGGCAGAAAGUGGAACUGCAGAAGGAAGUUCCCCACGGAAUAGCACCUUCCGCUCUUCGGAAACGAGUGCUUUCAGCCGUCCGAACAGCAGCGCGAGUGGCAGAGCUCAGUCUUCCCCAAGACCCAAACCUCCCUCCCGUUCAUCUUCGCUGCAAAAAAUUAGCUCUGGCUACAAUAGUCCUGCUGUCUCAGAGUCUUCCCAAAAGGACAGCAGCCAUCCUUCCCCUACUUCAGACAGUCAUUCACAGUUCAAAUUGAAGUACCCAAGUUCCCCAUACAGUGGUCACAUAUCUCGCUCCCCAAGUAAUGUAUCUCCCAGUUCUGGUCACCAAUCCCCUGUUGGUAGUGCUCCAUCUCCUGCUCUGUCCUACUCCUCCACAGGCUCUGCCACAUCAGCCGACACCCCAGACCUUGAUCGAUUAAGAAGAGGGGUCAUUGAUGAAAAAGUUCAAGCCAUUCAUAAUCUGAAGACCUUUUGGGCUAAUGCUGCAGCCCAGCAACAACAACACCUCGGCCCUGUCAAAGCUGUUCACAGCUCUCCUAGUCCUCUGGCAUCGGCCAGUAGGGAUGUACUGAGCCUUCUAAACCUCUCUCCACGACAUUGCUCCCCUAGUGAUACCCAAGACAGCCUGGAGCUGCGGGAGCUGGGACUGCGGUCAAUGGAGAGGGGGGGAAAGAACUCCAAUGGGCAUCACUGCUCCAGUCCCAAUAAAGGGGCUCCAUCACCUACUAUUUCUACAAGCAGCAGUCCUGGUGCUCGUUCGAUCAGACUGCCAGCUGGGAAUGGAUACAAAUUCUUGUCGACUGGAAGAUUUUUCCCUUCUUCAAAAUGCUGAGAAAUCCACUAAUUAUUACCCAGUGAGCUGAAGAAGUAGGUCACUCUUUGAGGGCUGUGAUUGGCCAGCCAAGCUUUACAGACAAUGAGAAUGAUUGGUGAUUGGUCAGUGUGAUUCACAUGCCUGCAGUUUUGUCUGUGUUCAAAACUCUGUAAAUGGCAAAGAGAAAUACUCAAUGACCUGAUACUGUGUUUGUGUGUAACUGUUUGUCAGGUAAAUGUAAAUACCGUUUGGUCUUUUCCCUGAAACAUUACUGUUUGUGUGGGCCAAAAUGCAGCAAAUACGACUGAUUUCUUCCAUUUUACAUUUGUUUUUUAAAAGAAUUAAUGGUUAUUAUAGGUUGUUGUUGUUAUUAAUAUUGUAAUUAUUAUUAUGUUUGUAAAUUAAUUAUUGUGCUUCACAAUCAGUAUUAAGCGUUUUUAUAUUAUUAAAAAAUGAAGAAACAUGUACCGGAUAGAGUGGAAAAAAAGAUUUAAUAUUUUUUAUUGAAGUCAAAAAGGGCAUUUUGCCCGGUUUCUUUGUGAAUUGAGUGUCUGCUCUGAAGCAUGGAUUCUCUUGCUAUUCAAUGUUAAUUAAGAUGUAUGACUUUUUAGCCCAUGAUUUUUUGAGGUUAAGAUCAAGGUUUCAUGACAACCAUCUGUCAUUUAUCAGUAAACUGUUUCAAUAAAAACAAAGAAAAAUAUUUUCUCUUUUGGAUUAUUUUGCAGUCUGCAACUACUAUAAUUUCUUGAAUAGCCACAUCAUCUGCUGUCAAUGAAUUGGAAUGAGGGUGUAUACACUCAUUGGACACUUCAUUUGGAUUUAAUCGAUUAUAGAUAUGCCGUUACAAAAAUGGUGAUGCAAGCAAUUCAAGUCAAUAAUAGCAUCAUCUGUUUUGUGCAUG